AUGAAAGUGGGUGAUUUGGAGUUUGAGUUCAGCGACGAAGAAGACGACAACGUGUCGGAUGGAACCGUCUCCGAUAUCGAGAGCGAAAGCGACUCGGACGACGAUUUUGCAAGCUCGGAAGCGUUCGUUGGAAAGAACGGCAAACGAUGGAGCACGAAGCCACCAGCUGAUGUCGACAUGGCUCCACCGAUAAAAGAUUUCGAUGCUAGCAAUGUUGGCCCAGCUCCACAUUGCCGGAAGUUUCGAACUGCUAAGGAGGCAUUCCUCGCCUUUUUGUCGUCAGACAUCAUCGACGAGAUCGUCGAAUGCACACAUUUGUACGGGCGUCGCAAGCGAGAAUCAAGCUGGAAGGAUGUGACCAAGAAUGAAGUUCUUAGCUUCAUUGCGGUUUUGAUCGCUGCCGGUCGGAAUCACCAAAACCAUGUGCAUAUCAACGAGAUGUGGACAGCGAACAAGACCUGGCGAAUUGAUUUUUACCGCUUCGCUCUGGGCAAAAACCGGUUUAAAGAAUUGUUUGUGUGUCUACGAACCGACAACGUGCUCGACCGUAACGAUCGGUACAUGAAGUCGCACGAUAAACUGGAACCCAUCCGAAAAAUUUUGGACAUCUUCGUCAGUAACUGCCAGCGGAAUUACGUCCCACCGAAGGUUUUGACCUUGGACGAGCGGCUGUGCCUUUUCAGAGGUCGUGUUUCCUUCCGGGUUUAUAUCAAGAGCAAACCCGGAAAGUACGGUAUCAAAAUCUGGGUGUGCGCCACGGAGACCGGCUACGUUGUGGUGUUGCAGAUUUAUACCGGAAAAGGAAAGGACGGACCGGAAAAGGGCCAAGGAAUGCGGGUGGUCAAAGACCUCGUUGCGCCCUUCUUGAACGAAGGGAGAGAGGUAACCGCUGACAAUCUUUUUACCAGUGUGGAGUUGGUGCAGUUUCUUCGUACCAUGGAAACGGCUUACACGGGAACGAUGCGGGCCAACAAGGCCGAUAUUCCGCCGGCAUUUCUGGAGAAGAAGAAUCGUCUGCCUGGCUCUUUCCUGGAAGGGUUCGACCGGACAAUGACCCUUACGUCCUACUUCGAACGGAAGGGAAAGAAGCCGGUUGUGAUGCUUUCGUCCAAACAGUUCGAGGCCGCUCCGGCAGGAAGUAAGCCUUCUGUAGUGGAGUUCUAUAACAAGACCAAGGGUUUCGUCGAUAUGGGCGAUCAGCAGACGCGGCACACGACCGUUUUUCGCCGGAGCUGCCAGUGGCCGAAGAAGGUGCUUUUUGAGCUGAUCGACAUCGCUACGCUGAACUCCCAUAUCAUCCAUAAGGAGCUCCACCCAGAAUUCAAGGGAAGCCGAAGCGACUUUCUCCAAGAUCUUUCUAAAGAGCUGGCGAUCGAUCACAUGAGGGAUCGGCUACGUGGAGGACAUCUGCCGGAGGAGUUGACCAGUGCUUUGACGGAGUUUGUGGCCGAGUUCGACAGGAAGUUGAUGUGUGCUGAUUGUGUGCGGAAGGCGAAGACUGCUUGCUCAGCCUGCAACAGGCCAUUGUGUGAAUCGCACGGUGAGGAAUCGGAGAUUGUUGUUUGCAAGCCUUGCAACCAGGUGAACAAGAUUUCAGCGAAGCACUGUGAGCUGAUAAAAAGUAAACAAUGCACUAAGUGCUCGAACGAUGCACUAAGUGCUCGAAACGGCGACUAA